AUGGAGGCGACGGCGGUGAGCUUGGCGCGGUCGGUGCUGGACGGCGUGCUGAGCAGGGCGGGCUCCGCCGUGGCCGACGAGGCCGCGCUGCUGCUGGGCGUGCGGCGGGAGGUGGACUUCAUCCGCGACGAGCUGGAGAUGAUGCGGUCCUUCCUCAAGGUGGCCGCGGCCAACCCCGACGCCGACGACACCGUGCGGACGUGGGUGAAGCAGGUGCGGGACCUCGCCUACGACGUCGAGGACUGCCUCCUCGACUUCGCCCUCUUCGCCGACACGUCCUCGUCGUCGUGGCUCCGUCCCCGGCGCCUGGCCGAGCGCCACCGCGUCGCGGCGAGGAUCCGGGAGCUCAGGGCCAUGGUGGAGGAGCUGAACCAGCGGUUCCAGCGGUACCACGUCGUCGCCGACCACCCGCGGGUGCUCCUGCCGCGCGGCGGCGGCUCCGACGACCCGCAGCUCGCCGACCAAGACGCGGGGUACUCGGCCGAGCUGGCGUUCCAGGAGUCGGACAUCAUCGGGCGCGCCCGCGAGAAGGCGGAGGUGACGGCGCUCGUCCUCUCCGGCGCCGGCGCCGGCGCGCUGGGGGUGGUGUCGGUGUGGGGGAUGGGCGGGAUGGGGAAGUCGUCGCUGGUGCGGAUGGUGCACAACGACCCGGUGCUCCUCGACGCCUUCGACUGCGGCGCGUGGGUGACGGUGCCGCACCCGCUCGACAGCGCCGACGAGUUCGUCCGGCGGCUCCGGCGGCACCUCGGCGUCGCCAAGGAGCAGCCGGACGUGCACGCCUACCUCCGGGAGAAGCGGUACGUGAUCAUCGUCGACGACCUGCACAGCAAGGAGGAGUGGGAGCACAUCUGGCCGGUGCUGCACGCCGACGCCGGCCAGGGCAGCCGCGUGGUGGUGACGACGCGCCGGGAGGACGUUGCGCGGCACUGCGCGGGGCACGUCCGCGAGGAGCACGGCCAUGUCUACGAGCUCAGGCCACUUGGGCGGGAAGAGUCAAAGGAUCUCUUUUGUCAGAAGGUCUAUAAAUCAACUGAGUACACAUUGGAGAAGGAAAUGGAGGAUCAAGCUAGUCCUAUCUUAAAGAGAUGCAGGGGGCUUCCACUGGCCAUAUCCACUAUAGGAGGCCUUUUAGCCAACAGGCCUAAAACAAGCAUAGAGUGGAUGAAGUUGGAUGAACACCUUGGUGCAGAGCUAGAGUCUUCUGAUCUCCGUAACAUCACUAAAGUGAUUGUUUCAAGCUAUGAUGGCUUGCCAUAUUAUUUGAAAUCGAUAUUCCUAUACCUUAGUAUUUUUCCUGAGAACCAUGAGAUCAGAUGCACCCGCUUGUUGAGGCGUUGGAUGGCAGAAGGGUACAUAGCAAAGAACCGUGAUAUGCCCGUGGAGGAAGUGGGGCAACGUUUCUACAAUGAGCUCAUCAACAGGAGCAUGAUCCAACCCUCCAAGAAGAGGAUUAGCCCCAGUGUAAGUGUGGAUCGUUGUCGGGUUCACAGCAUGGUGUUGCAAAUCAUCCUGUCCAAGUCCAUUGAGGAGAACCAACUCUUCCUCGUCAAGAAACACUGCAAUGAGGUCCCACAAAGCAAGAUACGCCAUCUAGUAGUAUCCAGAUGGAAGAGGAGGGAUGAAAAGCUGGAAAGCAUAAACUUUUCGUACAUUCGGUCACUAACGGUCUUUGGAGAUUGCCCUGCUUCUCUCAUAUCUCCAAAAUUGCGUCUUCUGCGAGUUAUGGACUUGGAAGACUCACUUAAUCUAAAGAAUGAAGACCUCAGACAUGUAGGAGAGCUUCACCAUCUAAGGUAUCUUUGUUUAAGAGGCACAGAUAUAUCAAAGCUUCCAUCCUUGCAAAACCUUCGGUACCUAGAGACAUUAGAUAUCCAAGACACAAAGGUGACGCAACUCCCUGACGGAAUUGCAAAACUUGAGAAGCUACGUUAUCUUCUUGCUGGCAUCAACUUCUCUAAAGAGCUAUUGCACAAGGUGGAACAACCCGAGACAGAUAAUCGCAAAGCCAGCCUACUAGGGAACAUGGUAUCAUGUUUAUAUUGCAACGGAGGUGAUUUUUGUGGGAUUUCUAGCCUGGAUCGAUUCAGUGUAAGGGCCCCUGAAGGAGUUGAGAAGCUAAGAGAUUUGCACAUGUUGGGUGCAAUCAAUGUCGGCCAUGGCAAUGGUGUGGUAGGGAAGCUUAAGAAACUAACAAACUUGAGAAGGCUAGGGGUCUCAGGUAUCAUUGACGAAGAAGGGCAAGACCUAUGCAAGUCAAUUGAGAAGCUAAAUCGUUUGCAGCGGCUCGAAGUACGCUCUAAUUCCCUUCAAUUUCUUGUUGAAAGUGAUUUUUCAGCACCGAAACAUCUUCUUUCACUUAGGCUAUACGGCGAUCUAGUCAAAUUGCCUAAAUGGAUUGGUUCACUCAAUGAUCUGGCAAAGUUGAAGCUGUUGGGGACACAAUUAAAGCAGGGGGAAAUUAUGCUUCUAGGGAAAUUGCGCAAUUUAGCUUCACUUGGCCUGUGGGAGAACUCUUACAUAGGGAAUUCAUUGAAUUUUGGUGCCGGCACAUUCCCAAAGAUCAAAUUCCUUGACAUUGAUGGGCUAAAGAAGAUUGAAAAGGUGACGAUCGAGUAUGGUGCAAUGCUUGAGCUUGAACAACUAUGGGUGAAAGAUUGCAAAGAACUACUUGAUAGUGAAGAAGGCUUAUCAGGAGUACCACAUCUGCCAAACUUGAAUGAGCUUCUUGUAAAGAAGUGUGGUGAGAAGGAGGAACUGAUGGAGAUAUUGCAAACACAGGUCAGCGAACACAGUAAACGUCCGAAGUUCCUCAUUGGCAAGUCUAUCGUAACUACAAGCCCAAAACGACGUAGAACUCAGUAGAAGAUCAAUGGAGAUGGAAGAUUGUUAUGUAUGGCAUAGUUUGUUCUGUUUUCUUUAUUUGUGUACAUCUCGA